AUGGGUGCCUGUGAGCAGUUGGAGCUGGAGAUUUGCUCACACCGAGGCCUCCUGUCUGGCAACAUCCAGCCGCGGCUGCUCACCCUGCAACGCCUUGAGACCCUGGUGGUCCAAGAACGCAUCCGCUGUGCGGAUUUGGACCUCUCGGAGCUCAACUCCACCACCCGCGUGGGACACCCGGCCGACCUGGCAGACCUGGACGCGUCCCAGGCCGUGACCUUCCCGGAGCUUCUGAAGGUUUUGCAGGACUAUCCGCCGAGGUUCUUCGCCCUUGAGCUCAAGAAGGAACCGAUGGACAGAGAGCAGCUAGUAAGUCUCCUGGAGCGUUUGCGUGCUGGUGGGCUGCCCUGGCAGAGCAUUGGCGUGUGGUACUUGCCCCAGGAUUUGCCGCUCUUCGAGCAGUUGCAUCGUGAUCAACAUCCAGAAACUUUGGGUAUCAUGGCCGUUUUCGACCGCCCCUGGCGUGGUGCACCUGCUGGCUCCACCAUGAGCUUGGAGAUGGCGGAGCGCAGUGGGAUUCCGGUGCUGGGCAUGUCCAUCCACGUGAGCUCCGAACUCCUCACCGAAGCCCAACGCCGGGGCUUGGCCGUGGCCGCCUUCGGUGUGAAUAGCGAGGAGGAUUUGUUGAAGGCAGCUGCCGGCGGUGUGCGGUGGGUGCUUUCCGACGAGCCCUUGCGCAUGCGGCAGGCGGUGAUGCAAUUGAGAUCGAACUUGGGGUGCGAUCAGCAGUGGAACAUUUGGAUCCUGAUACUUAUCGCGCUUGCGGCCACAGCUUGUGUUCUCAGACCUCCGUGGCGACUCUCGGCGCUCGUGGUCCUUCCCAUCCUCCUUGGCUGCCGCUUGAGGGAACACUGA